AAAAAAUUUAUAGAAUUUGUUUGAUAUUUUAGAGCUUCUAAUAUGAUGAAACAGAGUGUUUUUAUUAAGAAAUGAACCCUUUGCUUCCAUUUAGUACUAUUUUAUCGAGAGAAAAGUCUUAUGAAUUUGGUUCAUAUUCAAAACGAGAUUAUAUUUCAAAUACAGAGAAGUUUCGGAAAAUUUGCAGUUUAAAUGAUCCAAAUAGGUUUAAUCUUAAGAGGGAACAUGAUUAUGAAUACGAGGAGGAUUUGUUAGUUGAGCAGCCUUAUGUUCAUAUUCAAUAUCAUCAGCGAAAUAAGGAUUUUAAUAAAAAACGUAGAGAUUUGACUCCUAUAAGUCUUUUCAAUGAAGCGAUUACAAAUGCUAUUGAAGAAGGAGAGGAAGUUCUUCAGUUGUCAGAGUGUAAUAUUGUUGAAAUUCCUGAAAAUAUCUCGGAGUUAACUAGUCUUGUUAGACGAUUAGAUCCUGAAAAUGAGAAGCCGUUGAUACCUCGUCUUAAAAUAUUUUUAUCUGGAAAUAUGAUUUAUAAACUUCCUAGUGGACUUUUUGAUCUUUUUACUCUUACAGUUUUAUCGCUUAGAAACAACGAUUUGAAAAUGAUACCAUCAUCUAUUGGUCGUUUGGUGAAUUUAGUUGAGUUGAAUUUGGGACAGAAUAAACUUACUUAUUUCCCAUCGACAUUACUUUUCCUUAAAAAAUUGCAGAUUUUAUCAAUAUCGCCGAAUCCUUUACGAGAUUGUCCGAUUGCAUAUUCAUCUCAAACAUCCUUUCAAUCACUUACUUCACCUGUUCUUCGAUAUUCUUGUGUAGAUCUAAUAAAAACGGAUUCAAAUGUUCCAAAAUUACUUGAACUCAGUGCUAGGGUAAUCGCAUCUUCAUUAAUUGCAAAAUCGGAUAUUCAAAAAUGGGAAACGAAAUUUUGUUUUAUUCCAAAGAUUAAAAAAGCAUACGAAGCUGGAAAAUAUCAUAUAUCUUGUGAAAUCUGUCAGAAACCUAUGGUGGACUCAGAUGUAGAUGUAUUUGAAUGGUGGGAUGGUUUCGUAGGUACAUGGUCACUUCCAAUAAAAAGAAAAAUAUGUAGUUUAUUAUGUUUUAAAAAUAUCCCACGGGUUGAAACACCGUUUUCUUCAGACGAAUCUCAAAUUUUAUAA